AUGAGCCGCGUGAAGGAGCAGCUGGACCAGCUCGGGGCGCUCGUGCUCGACGCGGCCGAGCAGAUCAGCGCGGAGAACGCCGUCACCAAGAUCCUCGUCGAGCCAGGCUCGAAGAAGGAGGUGGCCGCUACGAACCUGCUCCGCUGCCUCCUCAUGAGCGUGCAAGCCUACCACGGCAAGGCGAUAGGAACCGAUGGCAUCGUUCAAGUCAUCUGCGACAUCCUCGUGCUCGCCUACGAUGUGAGCGCGACCACCGACUGCAUGGACGUUGUGCUCAGCAAGACAGCGCCGCUGUACGCCAAGCUCACGAUCCUCCGAGCGAUGGCGCAGCUAGAGUACGCGCAGAUCGCGGCUGCCGGCGCUCUCCUUCCCGAGCUUCUCUCGCUCACGACGAAGCACAUUCGCCACGCCGACCUCUACGUCCGGCACACGCUUCUCGCGGCGCUGGCGUCGAUGCUUCGGCAGUUUAGCUUCCACGCAGUGCCGUACCACGCGGAAGUCACAAAGCUCGUCGCGAAAGCAACGACGGACAAGUGCCCAGAAGUCCGCCAUCUCUCUGGCGAGAUACUCUUUGUGCUCAUUGACGCGACAGACAUGAACGAACCGUCCGGCGCUGCGCUCGACGGUCUCUUCCACGUCCUCUCCAAGGCGCUGGACGACCCGUCGCCCGAAGUGCGCCGCGUCAUGGCAGUCAACUUUGGCAAGCUCCUCUCGCUCUACGUGCUGCGUGGAGACCGCCACGGAGACGACGCGGACCACCGCUUCAAGUCGCUCAACUUUAAGCUCUCGACGGUCUUGACGCGCAAGACGAAAACGCCGAGCGGACUCGCAAGCGUACCCCACGCGCUGCAGUACAUCAAGGAGACGCUGCUGCUCGGCACUUCGUCGUCGAUCGGCGGGUCGUUUGCGUCGGCAGCCAUCGUUGCCGCCAACUUGUCUGACUUUUUGCCCGACGACUUUGUCGCCGACACGAGCUACGGCGCGAUCCUCGACGCGCUCUUGUCUUGGCUGGACGCGCCGCUGCCGUCCACGCACGAGUUUGUCCGCGCGCGCAACGCUGUCGGAUACGCCUUGCGCCGCCUCGCACACGCAGCGCAAGAGCGGUCGCAGCCGUCCUGGCUUCGCGCACUCCUUUCGCAGCUGCAAGUGUCGGCGCGUACGCACCACCAGCGACUCGUGCUGCUCGUCGAAGUGAGCCACGCGACCAUGGGCCUCGGCGAAGCGGCUGUCGUGUUUGCCGACGAAGCGACGCAAGCGCUCACGCACUGGCUCUCGCACGAAAAGCACAGUGUCCGCGUCGAGGCCGGCGUCGCCCUCGCGUCCUUGGCGGUCGCCGUACCUUACCGUCGCCAAGCGCUGCUGGAUGCGCUCCUCACGGCCCUCGCGUCUGCCGUCGACGCGGCGGCAGUCGGUGCCGACACGCUGCUUCUGUACCGGCUGCACGGCACGUCAAACGCCGUUGCGCACCUCUUGCGCGCGCUCAAGUUGCAAGCCGUUGGCUUUUCUCGGUCGCUUUACGACCGGCUUUUGGUGCUCGCCGAGCGCAUGCUCACAACCCAGUUUACGCCGCAGGUGGCCGAUGCGGUCUGGCUCACAUGCACGCGCGGCGGCUGGGACGUGCUCAGCGCCCUCGUCGUGCUCGAUGCAGCCUAUACGCGCAGCAUCACGAGCCGUCUCAGCCACCUCUGGCUCCAGGCCAGCGUGUCCCAGGCCCGAGACCCGUCGCAGGAGCUUUUGCGCAUGGAAGGCGCGGUGAUUGCGCUCUACAGCUUUAUGGCGACCAAGCCCACUACGGACGGUCUCGACACGCUCUGCGCGCAGCUGCUGCACGCGACGCUCGAGGCCGCUGCGGCGUUUGGGACGCCGACCAAGCAGCGCGCCAAAGUGGCCAAGCACCGCGUCUUGUGCUGGACCAUCAAGGUCUUCCAGUGCCUCCCGCCGAGCGUCUACGCCGACUCGUGGAUGCGGCUGCUGGAUCUGGUGGCCGAGUUUACAACCGCGCAGCCGCUGACGUCGCUUGCGCGCGCGUCGCUCGUGCCGCCGUCGACGACGUACCUCCAAAGCCACGAUCAUGUGCUCGACAUUUGCACGCCCGCGCGCCUUGCUGCUGGCGACGCGCCCGACCCGAUGCUGCCCCGCGGCCUCAAUCUCAUCCUCGCGCUCCUCCUCCCGGACACGGCACUCUCGGACAUUGAGAUGGAAACGACGUACGUCGACAACUUUUUCUCGCAGCUGACGAGCGCGAUGCACGCUGGCAGCGCGUUCACGUACGUGCGCAUGGUCGACGCCUGCGUCCACGUGUUUCCCGGCGUCUUCCUCGCGGUGCCCGACGAGCUCCAGCUGCGCGUCCUCCAGCACUUUGCCGGUGUGCUUGGCGACCACCGCGUGGACUGCGUCGCCAACGUCUGCGCCCUUUUGUUCGCCACCGUGCGCGAGGCCCACGUCCAUGUUCGAGACUCGACAAAAACCUCUGCGUCCUUUCAAUCAGCGCCGUGGCUCGGCGCGAUGCAGGCGAUGCUGCUUGAGAUGCUCUCUGCACCGACGGGCAGCGUGCGUCGAAGCGCGGCUGAAGCGCUUGGGUUGCUCGGCUCGCUCGCAAGCGAAGCUGCGAUUCGCGCACUCGUGAACGAGCUCGAGACAAAAAUCACAAUCGACCAGCACGACAACCAGUCGUUGUCGCUUGCGGGGAGCGCGCUCGCCCUCGCGCACCUCAAACGCAGCUGCGGGUCGCGCUGCAGCAUUGACGUGAACUUGCUCUUUCGCAUCAAUAUGGAGCACGUCUUCUGUAUGGCGCAACCGAUCCGGUCGUGGGUGCUUCACGCCUGGAACCUGCUGCUCGAGUGCGUCAACACGAGCGGCGACUACGACGAUCAGUACGUCGCGCCGUCGCUGGCACUCAUCGAGAGCCACCUCGUGGCCGGCACGCGCUUCACGCCGCUCAACUGCGCCUUCAAGAAGACCACCGUGCUGCGCAUGACGUCGUCCGUCUGCACGUCGCUUGGCCAGAUUGUCAACAGCAUCGUGUCGGCGCUCGGCCCUGAGCUCUUGCAGGAUCCGGACCGCAUUGACAAUUUGUAUGGGAUUUGGGACCUCUUGCGCCUCGGCGCGGACCCGCGCGUCGAGCUCGAGUACCUUCGUUUUGUCGAGCAGCUCGUGCUCUUUGCGCCCGCGUACUUUCGCGUCUCGGACCUCGUGCGCAUCCAGAGCCAACUGCUCGAGAAGACGACGCCGGCCGCCUGCCGCAGUGUCAUGCUCCUCAUCGUGCGCAUCCUCGUCGAGCGCGAGCCAGGAUUCAUCGCCGGCCACAGCCUCCACGUGACGCUCUUCCAGGCCCUUGACGUCCACGAGCGCAUUCUGGAUUGGAGCGCGAUGCCGCUCUGGCGCGGCCUCUACAUCCACGCGCGCCGGUCCACCACGAGUGCUUCGAGCGAGCUCCAAGGUUGUUUGAACGCGCUGCUUCUAACCGACUGCGGCCGCGUCACGGAUGGCAACAAAGUUGCCGAGUGGCUGCUUCUAUGCCGGGGCGUUGCGGUGGGUGGCGUCACGGCCAUGGUCGAGAGCCCGCGCGGGAAGGACGCGAACGCCGCAAUGGACCUCUGGCGCCGCACCAGCCACCGCGUUUCGACGCUCUUGAACCCGCUGCCGUGCUUGCGCCGGCGUGUGCGCGAGUUUGCUGUCACUUGCGUCCUCGCACUCCUCGACCACGUCGGUGCAUCCAAGGCGGCGGCCGUGCACUUUGACGUGAUGGCAGCGCGUCAAGCGCUCGGUGCAGACGAUGCCAACUACAUUGCGCUCUACAUUGACGAGCUCGUGACGCUCGGGUGCCAGAUUAGCGCCAUGUCGAUGGACGGCUUUGAGCUUCAGCACAUCCAGAGCGUCGGCCUUCGACUGCUCAACGUCGUGUGCGAGAAAUUAGCCACUUGUGACGACCCGGACGAGCCUGGCGCACACGUCCUCGCGCAGUACCAAGCGCAGCUCUCGUCGACGAUUCGGCGCGCGUUCCCAAAGGAAGGCGCUUCUAGCAAGCCAUUUUGCCACACGUACGAGGCGCUAUCGAUCCAAGGAUACUACAUGCUGUCGCACAUUCUGAGCCAUGGCAUCGUCAAGGACAAGGUCGCAAUCAACCGCCUCGUCAAGCUCGGACUCGUCUCGGACUUUACGUUUGCCCAUCUUGGCUGCAGCAACGCAGUGCGCUUCACGCUUGCCAUGGCCGCGCUCUCGAGCGUCGCCCAACUCGCGUCGCUCGGCGUUGACGUGGCGUCCAUGACGGCAGCGUGGGUCGCCAGCAUCCAAGACUUUAGCGCUCUCGUCUUGCUUGCGGGACCCAGUGACUUUGGCGGCGCAUACUUCACGUCGUCGCAGCCAAUUGACGAGCUGCGCAGCGUCGCGCUGGCACACGUGGCGCCGAUCUUGGCGGCCGUCGGUGCAACUGGCGAGCACGGAACGCUCGUGCUCACGGCGACGCUUCUGCAUCUCUCACACACGUCCAAGCACGCGGACGCCGCGGUCCCCUUGCUGCAGUCGCUGCCCGCGCUCCUCAACACGGGGUUUUGGGCGUCGCUCCAGCGGGAGAGCUUUGAAAACUUGCUCCAAACGCUCGGACUCUUUUGCUCGUCGUCGGUCCCGAGCGUUCAGGUGGAAGCUCUCCGCGGUCUCCAGCUACUGGUCACGAAAGACGGCGCGGCCUUUGUCCAGCGGACGCUGCGUACCGAGAGCGACUCGGUCGGCAACUCGGCGCUCGUGCACACGAUCAGCGUGGCAACGACGUACGUCCUGCGGCACGCGGUCGCGACCAAGACGACGACGUACGCUCCAAGCGUCGUGACGGAGGCGUUGCGCACGGCCGUCGGCGGCAUUCUCCUUUUGGUGUCGACCCCUACGUUUGGCGCCGGGUUUGUUCUCGUCGCCAAAGACGUGCUCCUUCGCUUCCUCCGUGAGCCAUGGUUCGAGACUGUUGGCGCCGCGUACAUUGAGUCGACGCUCCGGGUCGCGGCCGCUGGUGAUCUCCACCCGACGCUGCCAUCGGCUUUUGCAACGUUUCUCGCGGCCAUCCAGACACCGCUUACCGAUGACGCGUCCUUGUCACAUGGCGAGCGUCGCUUGCUCCUCUCUGCCGCCCAUGCAGUGCUAACGUACGGCCAAGCGAUGCCCGCGUUUGUUCAGUACUCUGCCCCGUUCCACACAUCGAUGGCGCAACUUUUGGCGAUCCGGAUCGCCGAUACGAACCGCGACGUCGUCGACGAUGCGUUGUAUGCCGCGCGUGUGCUGAGCGACUGCGCCCCAGCGCCCUACUUAAGUGUCCUCGGGGCGCCCGUGGUUGACCUUUUGUCGUUUCCCGAGGUUGACGCUGCCCGCGUGGAUGCGAUCGACGGCGUCUUGGGUGUCGCGAUGCUCAAAAUGCCGGUGGAAUCGGUUGACGGGCUCCUGCGCCUGCUUUUGCCACUGCUUCUGCCACUGCACUCUUCGCAAACCGCGUCGGUGAACCGCAUGCUCGUCACGUACGCGACGACGUACGCCGUUGCCUUCAAGGCGGCCGUCGCCGGUCUCUCGCCAUCCACCAAGACAAGCCUCGAAGGCGCCCUGCGCAGUGCUCUCUCGCGCCCCGUGUCAACGGCAACAGUCGCAGCAUCGUCAUCGCCGUUGAUGAGCCUCGACCUGAGCCGAUAUGGAUAGAUAGACCUAAUGAUGAUGUUUUCUCUCUC